ACUGGCUUCAACCAGAUCUCUUUAACCCUACUUACACCCGCACUCGUCCCGGUCUCACACAGGGAGUGUGUUCACUUCAUGAGAGUGUAUCACAGCGUGUUGGUGCGCGUGUAUGCGGACAAACGCGUGUAUGCGGACAAAAGCAUGUGAAAUAUGAGUAAGAAAGUUCAGUUGGUCAUUUAAUUGGGACACGUUGCGGAUUACUAAGGAAGGAAGAGACUAGCAACACACAGGGCAUGGCACUUUGUGGAGUCAAGAUGAGGCGAUUCCUGGGGCCCAAUGUGUACCCAGAAGCCCCAGAUGGAGGCUGGGGGUGGAUGGUGGCCAUCGCCUUCUUCGUGGUGGAAGCUUUCACCUACGGCACCAUCAAGAUCUUCGGCAUCUUCCUCCAGGACAUCAUGGAGGAGUUCGGCGAGACCAACAGUCGAGUCUCCUGGAUUAUUUCCAUCUGCAUUUUUGUCAUGACCUUCAAUGGUCCUCUUUCCUCCGUGUUGACGAGCCGCUGUGGGUUCCAGCCUGUUGUUAUGAUCGGAGGUUUACUUAUCGCCACCGGUACCAUCGCAACCAGCUUUACCAGCUCCAUCAAUCAAAUAUACAUCACAUAUGGAUUGGUAGCAGGACUGGGCUACAGUCUGACCUUCCUCCCCACAGUGACCAUCCUCUCACAGUAUUUUACGCGGCGGCGGUCUCUGGUCACAGCUGUAGCUUCCACCGGAGAGUCGCUGUCUAUGUUCGCCCUCGCACCAGCCUUUUCUGCGUUGAGGGACCGUAUCGGCUGGAGGCACACCAUGUUAGUGAUAGGAGCUCUGCAGAGCACCAUCAUCAUCUGUGGAGUCCUGCUUCGGCCAAUCGUCAUCAAACCCAAAGUGACCUGUGAGACAGAAGCUGAAGGAUCGUCCCCAAAGGAGCUGGAACCCUUCGGUUCACCGGUGAAUGUAGAGGAUAUAAACCCACAGGACUCAACUACCUCAAAUGCACAGAAUACCUCCCACAGUGCGGACCAUGAGCUCAGCCAAACCUCUGUGAGCACAGGAGACUCUGGAGUCCAGUCCGUAAAGGAAACGUACGACAGCAGCCAAGCUGAGAAGACGUUACUGCACAAAGAAGCCAAGAAAUCUGCGGAAAACGGUAAAGCAAAGACUAGUCAAUUUGAAUCUGUGGAGAAACGGAGCGAAGAUGCAGAGAAACAAAUCAUGCAAGUGGAGGAAAUGAAAUCAGGUGAUGGAAAAACGUCCACAAAGAAAUCAAAGCUGAUAGAUUUCUCCAUCCUCAGAGAGUGCAGCUUCAUUCUCUACUCUAUGUUUGGACUGUUCGCCACGCUUGGUUUCUUCGCGCCCCCUUUAUACAUCAUCGAUCUGAGCGUGAGUCGAGGCGUGGAGCGGAGUCACGCCACGUACAUGCUCUCCAUCAUGGCCGUGACAGAGAUAUUCGGGCGGUUCUCCAUCGGGUGGAUCCUGUCACGAGAAAGGUUCAGGAAAAGGAAGCUGCUCGUCCUGCUGGUGUGUGUGAUCACCAUGACCGUGGAUCUGGUGGGAUUCACUCUGGUGACGGAGUUCUACGGCCUGGCGGUCUGCUGCGCUUUCUACGGGUUCUUUAUGGGAACGGUAGCCUGCACACACAUCCCGAUGCUGGCUGAGGACGAUGUGGUGGGAAUAGAGAGGAUGUCCUCGGCUGCCGGGAUCUACCUGUUCAUACAGAGCUUUGCUGGGCUCUCUGGACCCCCACUUGGAGGUAAGAGUUUAUUCCGAAUACUGUCUAUGGUUCAGGGCUGCACAUAACUGGUGUGCAGGUGCGCAUGCGCACCGGG